AUGUUUCACAUCAACUUCUAUAGCCGUUUCUUCAAUUUGAAUACCGACACCUUUUUUCUGAAGAUUCAACGGGCUUUGAACCCUUUAAACAAGUCUUCAAGUCCCACAGAAACCGACCAAAGCGACGAUGAAGUUACUGAAUUAUAUGGGUUCAUCUGGAUAACAGGCACGUUGAUCUUUUUGAUGUUCGUGAGCUCUACAGGUUCGAAUUUGCUCUCUGAGUGGCUUCAUUCUGAUAAAAAACACAAAUACGAAUACAAUUUUGAUUUACUUACCAAAUCAAUCUCUUUAUUUUACGGUUACAACAUCUUAUUUCCUUUGGCUUUUUACUUGGGCACUUCAUAUGUUGUCAAGUUUCCGGAGCGAAUCUCGUUAACAAAGUUGAUCUCCAUCUUCGGUUACACCAAUGUCUUGUGGUUCCCUAUAACAAUCAUUAAUUUCCUAAUUGUCAUUUUUGUGAGUAACAAGAGCCAUCAUUUAAUAUUGAAUGUGUUAGAAUGGGUUAUUGUCUUAGCAAGUGGCCUCGUUACCGGUCUUAGUAAUAUUUCAAAGGUAAGUCCAAUAGUUAUGAAGAAUUGUCUCUUGCUAAACGACGGAAAUUCGAGUGCUUCAAAUAAACUACAUUUGGUCGUAUUAGGGGUCAUGGCAGCUGCUCAUUUAGUAUUCACUAUCUCAGUAAAGGCAAUUUUCUUUGGAAUUGUUGUCUAA